UCAGGACAAUACGCGGAACGUGUUCGGCUUCAUGGGCCCGUUCGAUCCGGAAGUGUGGGCCUGUAUCGGCGGCUCUGUUGUCAUUGUCGGCGUGUUCCUCUACCUUCUCAACAAGUUCCGUCCUGACGACAUCCUCAUCACAGAAGACGGGGAAGUUCCGCCGAGAUUCGGGCUGAACGACAGUCUGUGGUUUAUCAUAGGCUCCCUCAUGCAGCAAGGUUGGGACUGGAGUCCUCGCUGCCUGUCGCACCGCCUGCUCAGCGGGUUCUGGUGGCUCUUCAGCCUGGUGGUCAUCUCCACAUACACGGCCAACCUGGCGGCUUUUCUCACCGUGACCCGGAUGGAGAACCCCAUCAGGUCAGUACAUCUCCACAUACACGGCUAACCUGGCGGCUUUUCUCACCGUGACCCGGAUGGAGAACCCCAUCAGGUCAGUAACUACGUCACUUCCUCACCGUGACCCGGAUGUAAAACCCCAUCAGGUCAGUAACUACGUCACUUCCUCACCGUGACCCGGAUGGACAACCCCAUCAGGUCAGUAACUACGUCAAUUCCUCACCGUGAACCGGAUGGAGAACCCCAUCAGGUCAGUAACUACGUCAUUUCCUCACCGUGACCCGGAUGGAGAACCCCAUCAGGUCAGUAACUACGUCAUUUCCUUACCGUGACCCGGGUGGAGAACCCCAUCAGGUCAGUAACUACGUCACUUCCUCACCGUGACCCGGAUAGAGAACCC